AUGCUGAAUUUAAAUGCCAGAGGAGGAAACGGGUGCAAAGAGCAAAAUGGACCGAGAUUCACCACCAUCAAGGAAGAUAGCUGGAAUUGGGUCUUUCUUAGUCCACUGAACUGUGUACUUAACCUCUACCCUACAUUGCUGAGCAGAGGGGCCUGUGGGCUGGGACAGGAAGAGCCAUCCAGAGCCAUGAACGUGGAAAGAACAACAUACACGAAGAGACAGACAUUCCAUGGACUAGAGGGCCCUCAGCAAUCUCGGCCAUGGAGUGGUCCCAUGGUGCAUCCGCCUUCUUGGAGGUUCUUUUCUCAUCGUGCGGACCCUGAAUUCAGUUUUGGCAGUGCUGUCCAUCAGUGUUCUGUCAAUGUCAGUUCUUUUUUUCUUUUAGAGACUGUUUAUUUUCCAUCAACCUAUCUCCACUUAAAGAGUUAG